UAAGCUUUUUGUGUUCAUAGUUGCAUAUCUAAUAACAGAAAAAGAAACAUCCAAUUAAUUGUUUAAUGCAUUCAUGAGUCAUACUUGACGCGGUUUAUAUCUGUUCCUUUGAUUCACAGAGCAGACAUGACAGCUACGGCUUGUAAUAAAUGGAAAGGCUUAUUCAGCGUUGCAGAGGAGUUGGAUGAUGAGGAUUUGCUUGAAGCUGAUUGGACGUGUCCAGCAGAGCCCUCUUCUGCUUCCACAUCAGACCCAUCAUCUUACCAUGUUCAACAAAGCCAUGUUAGUUCAUCUUUUGGAUCUGGUUGCAUAGCAUCUCUGUGUACCCCAACAUGCAGUCCUGUCAAAACCUUAAGAGACCUCUCUCUCCCUGGCCAUCAGUCACUCUCUUCCCACAUUCCUUCCCUUCGUGCACCUGCAUCAUCUCUGCAUCCCUCCUCUUACCAGAUACACCCUCAACCCCCAGAAUCACUCAGUGUCCUGCAGAGAGACCCCCCUCCUCAGGAUGACUUUGAUGACUGGGAUGUGGAUUUGGAGGAACUGGAUGAAAGCGUCUCUGCAAUGGUUUCUCAGCCACACAAGAAUACAGCGUCACAUUCACCAUUGGACCGCAUUUCAUCAGCCAAACGAAUGAGACCUUACGCCUCUAGUGGAGCAGCCUCAGUGUCAGCAGUUGCACGACCCUUGGUUAAUACCUCAUUUACCUCCGCUAUCCAAAGGCCCAUACAUCUAUCUACCUCUAUACGGAGUUCGAGUCACAUGCAUGCCCCAGCUACUCCCGUCCCACGAUUCCCCAGACCUGUAUCUCCUAGGCCUCCAAUUGUGUCGCCUCAAGGUCGAACGGGUCCUUCGACACCAAGAACCCCACUGCAGUCCCAGGGGUCUCUUUACCACGCAGUGUCUUCAACUCCCAAUCUCCCUCUUACACCUCGUCCCCUCAGCACACCAGUCCUGACUAAUCAUCUGGUCCGGCUGGUGUCUGCAGCCAAUAAGACACCUCAAAGACCACAAAGUGGUAUGAGACGAACCAAAGCUCGCCGUUUCCCAGGCCCAGCAGGAGCACUACCACAACAGGUCAGUGGGCAGAGUCUUGAUGACAUUAUUGUGUCAGUUCCUCACACACCUGCACAUGGAGCUGUUGCUCGCCUGCGUAGUAGUGAGGUCUCAAGCUCUCAGGUGAGUGAGGAAGAGGAGUUCAGUAGGGGGCCGUGGGCAGUGAUGAAGUCUGAAAUGGGAUUGGAUGAGAAGAACCCUUCUUGUUUCCUGAGCUCUUACAGUGUUGUCAUGGUGCUACGCAAGGCUGCUCUCAGGCAGUUGGCUAAAAAUAAGGUCCCUAACAUGGCUGUUGUCUUGAAGAGUAUCACACACACACAUGCAGAUGCGAAGGUCAUCUUCAGAGACCCCACAGGUGAGAUGCAGGGCACUGUCCAUCGUCGCCUGGUGGAAGACAGACAGGAAGAGCUCAAGGCAGGAGCUGUGCUACUACUAAAACAAGUGGGGGUGUUUUCACCAACACAUCGGAAUCACUACCUGAACGUCACGCCUAAUAACCUUCUCAGGAUAUACUCCCCUGAUGAAGUCUUGCAUAAAUCCCAGCAAUCCCAUCCUCCAUUGGAGCUUGCAUUGCAUUGUGAACCCACCAUGCCUGCAGGGGGCCCUGUCUCUCAGAUGGAGCUCCAUUUUGAUGAUGAAGAUGAGGGUGAAAAUGCAGUUCAGAAAAGUAGGGCUUGUGCUGGUUUAGAUCACGCUGCAGCGGUCUCUAAUGAGCUCUGUGAAGCACCUACAGGGUCUGGGCUAACCGAGGACUCUGCAUGGGACACAGAUGGUCUUGAUGAGCUGCUCGGGGAGUUACCUGUGGAGUCAUAUGGCGGAUUACAUUAAUCACACACUCACUUUAAAUGCAUAAUUUAGCAGUAGACCAUGACUGAUAUUAAUAGAUGCUAUGACUAUACCCAUUAUUAAACACAACAUGGCAAAACAACAACACCCACUAACCAAUGUCCUCAUUACAUUUGAUCAGGUUUUGUGUAAACCUUGGUAAAUAUGUACUAAAAUCCCUUGUUUCUUGUAAAAAGUGAAUCAAUACUCUAAAUACACAGACCUGUAAAGCAUUAUGUUCGGUUCUUGAUUGACUGUUGUUCUUGUGGACAAAUGUGGCAUGCUUUUGUAGCUUGUAUUAAAAGAAUGUGUCUGUACACAAUGUUAAUUUCAUGCCGAAAUUAACUGGUAGUCUGGUGUGCCUUUUUUUUUGUUGUUGCAAGCUUGGGUUGUGAAUUUAAAUCGGCCAUUAAGGCUAAAAUUUGCCAGCUGGAUUCACCCUUAAAGGACUCAAAUGGCAUAAUCAGUCAUUUUUGAUAUGCAAGCAGUGGUUUGUGUAAUGGAGUUUAUUCAUGCUGUUUAAAAGCUUUACAUGUUUUACUGCAUGAUGCCUUAAGUGGUUGACCUUUUUUUAUAUUAUUGUAUUGAUUGUAAUAGUAAAUUUCUGCCUGCUAUUUUCUCCAUUUUACCCCCUCCCAAUUAAAAUCUGUGCUCGUCUCAAUAUUUAUAUUUUAUGAAUUGCUCAGUAAUAAUGCUUUCUUGGUCUUGCUGUCUCAACAGUGUGUCACCGUGUGUAUAAUUGAGUUAUAGAUGAGGUGUGUUCAUGAUGAGUCAUU